AUGUAUAAACGCAAGCUCGAAAACAACCUCGCUGUCGUACGCAAAAGGGCCAAGAUAGACUGCCCCGAUAUUACACCAACCCACUUCGAGUAUGCUCUCCGAGCAGCACCCACGACGCCAUUAACACCAAUAGUUCCCGAGCCCUCGAAGAAACGGAAGAGAUCAGGAGAGUCUGAAGCCGAAGCUUCCGGGGAUCGAGAAGUAAGGCGAAUCAAAUCAAGCGAUAGUGGAAGCAGCCGGUUACAAUAUCCACGCGUCCUGUCACCAGCUUCCAAAUACCAGAUAUUCUCCAAGACCGAAGACAGCAGCGAAGAGGAAAGCCAAAUCCUAGGUCUUGCAAGCGCGAGCGAUAUAAUAAUACCCAUCGAUGUUGUUCUGCCGAUACGCCUUGCUAGGCCGACGAUGCACAGCCCGGCCCGAACAAACCUUGCUAAAAAGAAGAAGAAGCAGCCACUUAGGCAGCAGCCGCCCAAGCAGCCAAAGCAGCAGCCGCUUAAGCAGCAGACUAGAGAGAGUGAUAAAUCGCAGCAGCCACGCAAGCAGCAAAACAAGUGGUCUAGCUUUUAUCAGUUCCACCUACACAAUCGGCCAAGCUUGGAUGACGAUGAUCACCCGGAUAUGAUCAUACGGUAA